GUUCAUCUUGUUUUUUUCCAUGAGUUGGACGACCUAUAUCGAGCCAAGUAUACGAUGGGUACUUGCCCUAGCUGACUAUGAUCUAAAUAGCCACUCAGGUGGGCAGGCGAGAAAUACACACCAUCCACACAUUUCAAAAGGUUGCAGCUUAUGCAGAUAGCUUAGAGAAGUAUCUUCCUCGUCCAUCAUCUUUCUCUCAUGAGAUCAUGUUCUUCCUUUUCCCUCACACCCUUAUAUUUUUCUCCCUUUCUUCUCUUUCUGCUCUUCUGUAUACACCUGUCAGUGCACAACUGCCAGAAUUUUCCUGUUCAACCACAUCUAAUUACACCACUAAUAGCGCAUUCGAGACUAAUCUCAAUCUCCUCCUUUCUUCUCUAUCUUCCAACGCUUCUCGGUCCGGCUUCUUCAACGACACGUCCGGUGACGACCCAGAUCGUGUCUAUGGCCUAGUCCUUUGCCGAGGCGAUGCUACACCCGAUCGAUGCCAGAGCUGCGCUACAAUUGCGAGCCAAGGCGUCAUACAAGCGUGCCCAAGCUCAAAAAAUGGAACCAUAUGGUACAUUUAUUGUAUGUUACGCUACUCAAACGUAAGGUUCUUCUCCGCACUUGAUAAUUCUACAGUGAGAUAUGAAGGGAAUGCGCAAAAUGUAUCGGACCCAGAUCAUUUUAAUCAGGUUUUGAUAGGGGUGAUGAGUAAUAUAUCGGAGGCGGCAGCUUCAGGGAAUUCGACGCGCAUGUUUGCGACCGGAGAUGGUAAUUUGACAAGCGUUCAAAGGGUGUAUGGGCUUGUACAGUGCACGGAGGACUUGUCGAGGAGUGAUUGUAAUCUGUGUCUACGUAGUGCGAUCGCUGAUAUUCCAACAUGUUGUGAUGGAAAGCAAGGAGGGAAGGUUCUCAGGUUGAGUUGUAAUUUGCGGUUCGAGAUUUAUCCUUUCUUUGAUGAAUUGGAUAAUGCCGGACCGGCUCCUCCUCUUCCGUCUACUACAGCAACUGCGGCCGCUCCUGCGUCGGCGACAGCAGCAGGGAGCAGUGGAAUUUCAUAUCGAACUAUCAUUCUGAUCGUUGUGCCAGUAGUUGUUGGAAUGGCGCUCGUAUUCUCUACUGUCUAUAUAUUUUUGCAGAGGAGGAAGGCAAAGACAAAAAUGAUAGAUGGGCCUGAUAUUGGAGAAAUGGAUUCAUUGCAAUUUGAUUUGGUUACAAUCAGAGCUGCCACUAAUAAUUUCUCAGAUGCAAAUAAACUUGGACAAGGUGGAUUUGGUGCCGUUUACAAGGGUAGGCUGGACGACCAAGAAAUAGCAGUGAAAAGGCUGUUUAGGAAUACUAAAGAUGGAUUAGAAGAGUUCAAGAAUGAAGUAGUAUUAGUAGCUAAGCUUCAACACAGGAAUCUUGUUAGGCUCUUGGGCUGUUGCUUGGAUGGAGAUGAACAGAUUCUCAUUUUCGAAUACGUUCCCAACAAAAGCCUUGAGAAGUUUCUGCAUGAUCCAACUAAGCGUGCAUGUUUGGAUUGGGAAAGGCGCUACAAAAUCAUUGGAGGGAUUGCAUGUGGGCUGCUUUAUCUUCACGAAGAUUCUCGGCUUAAGAUUAUUCAUCGAGAUCUCAAGGCGAGUAAUAUCUUGCUAGAUGGGGAGAUGAAUGCAAAAAUUUCAGAUUUUGGCACAGCAAAGCUUUUGAAGUGGGCCAAACACAAGGCAAUACCAGUAGAAUUGCUGGGACCUACCAAGCAUUCUGCAACGCUCUGGCCAUGGUUUGUACCGUAUCAUAUGGGCUUUGAUUUUCAACAACGAGCCCAUGUUUCAGUAAUCCAACAUGCAGGUAAGACGGCCUAUUGGUUUAUGGCAAGUGCACCAAAGAUAAAAAAAAAGAUCCUAGCCAUAAAGGUUUUAGCUUUUGUUUGGUUGAAUAUGAACAUAUUUUCUAAAGGCUCAUUUGGAUACACCAUCAAAGGCAUGUUAAAACCAUAAAGACUGUUUUGAGCGUGUGCGUAAAAAAACAAAAAAAAAAAAAAAAAAAAAAAAAAAAAACCCAUAAAGACUGUUUUGAGCCAAACCUUAAUUAGUCCAUAUUGUGCAUUUGGAUGCACUUCGCAAACCCCGACUAAUAGCCCACUCGUUGAAAUAGGCACUGAAAAGCCCACCCGCGAAAAACCAAUUGGAUUAUUAUAUAAAAAAACCCCUUUUGGGAGUCGCGUUCCAACAGGCCCUUUAUUUGUUGUCUGCUUAUUAAGGUUAGGAAAACUUCAAUGUGUUUUCUCAAGGUUCAUGAAGCAUCUAAAAGUGAGGUCCAUUGUAUCAAUGGUCGUGAUCACCUGAAAAUGCAGUACAAACUUUUAGCACAAGCAUUUUACAAUGCCUCGGUUGCAAUUUGGAGCCAAGAUCUUCUAUAAUGCUAUCUUCUAUGAUGCAAAGGAAAUUGGAAUUUGAUUAUUUGCAUUCCAAUGGAGUAUUUAUUCCCAUUCAAUUCAAUUAGCAUAUCCAAACAGGCCUUUUAAUGUCAUUGGGUUAGCACCAUACUAAAUCAUUGAUACCAUUUACUUUGAAUUGGUUAUUAUAUUUCUGUCUUAACCAUUUGAUCCACAUUGUCUAUCACAAACGCGCAGUGGCCUUCUUUAACUCUUCAUUCCAAGGAAUUUCCUUUAUCAAACAUAGAUCCAUUGCGCAUUUCUUAUCGAUUAUCAAUGUUGGCUCUGACUGAAAUGUUAGGAUUGUCUGAUCAGUGUGAUCAGACAAUCACCAUUUAGAGGACGUCGGGUAGAAAACAUAUCUGAUGGUCUUGGAUUGCGAAUUGAAAAUGUGUUUUAUACCAAUUAAAAAUAAUAUAAUAUAGAGAAUCGA